UCCAAAUCCAAUUCUUUCUCCGUUCAACGGUUCGCUUCCGGUCUGACAUGAACCACCUCUGCUACCAGCUCUUCUCGUGCUUUGGCGGGCCGCCGGACGACCGCGACAACAUCAUUGCAGCCACUGCAGCAGCCAACGCGCGGCAGAGCAACGCAGCGGCAGGAGCGAGUGGGGACGGCCGGCCAGAGGUCCUGCUCGAUUCCCGUCAUAUGGCCCCGGAUUGCGUGAUUGUCAAGGCAGGCAAGCGAUUGUGCGGCAGCGGCGCCGUUCUCGCAACUGCUCCGCUCGCUCAAGACAAGUCGUACUUUGAGGUCAAGUUGCAAGCCGCAGGCCGCUGGGGCGUCGGUGUGGCCUCGCGAAAGGAGGAUUUGGCUGCAGUUCCAUUGGGAAACGAGAACAGCUGGGUUUUGCGCAGCGACUCGACAACAUGGCACAAGCAACAGCUGGGCUCGGUCGAUGUCAAAUUCGAGGAGGGCGACGUGCUGGGCUUCUCGUACGAUCACGUGGAGCUUAAUAUUUUCCACAAUGGCAAGGCCCUCAACUGCCCAAUUAUUGGUGUUCGUGGCACAGUUUAUCCGGCGUUCUACGUCGACGAAGGCGCCAUUCUGGACGUCAUUUUCCACACGUUCGUGCACACGCCACCAACUGGGUUUACAGAGAUCAUGCUUGAAAAGAAUAUUCUUUAAUCGGAGCCAUCAAACACUGCCGCUUGAUUUAAUCUUCCACUGUCAAUACAUAGAGCAGGGUAAACAAACAAAUGAGUAUCUGUUUUCGGUUUUGUUCAAACACGACAAAUUUUCCGCUC